AAAACAAUUUUUUUUGUGGUCCAUUCUUUUUUUCAAUCAACAAAAAAUGACUGAUAAAAUGAAUACAAAAAUAUCAUCAUCAACGGCAAUGUGGUCGAAUAAACCGGUAAAAAUGAAAUUAUUUGGUGCAUGGGAAAUCGAUAAAACACCAUCCGAUUGUAUACCAAGAUUAUGUUCAUUGAAUAUAAAUCGUUUAACUUGUAAUAAAUCAUUUGGUAAUGAUGUUACAUCGAUAAUGGUUGCAGUAAAAAUGCAACAUUCAAAACGUAUUCUACGUUCAAAUGAAAUAACCAUACCAUCAUCAUCAUCUUCAUCAUCAUCAAAUAAUCAAUCGAACAAUAAUAAUGAACCAUUCGAUAUUGAAUUAGAUCUUUCAUUUACAUUACAAUAUCCACAUUUUAUUAAACGUAAUCGUAAUUAUCUUCAGAUCAUAUUACAACGAAGAAAAAAAUAUAAAAAUAAAGCUAUACUUGGCUAUAAAACAUUAGCUUGUGGCCUAAUUGAUAUGGUUGAAGUAUUACAACGUUCAACAAUUAGUGAAAAAAAUUUAGAUCUAAUUGGACAUGUUAAAGAUAUUGGUAAAAAUGAUAUUGUUGCACGAAUAACAAUAUCAUCAUUAAAAAGUCAACCAAUCGAUCAGGAUAAUAAUAGUAAUGUACGAAGAGGAAAAGUUUCUAUUGAUCGUCCGGAUGUUUAUAGUGAUGAUGAUGAUUUUACUUCGGCUGAAGAUGGUAGUGAUAGUGAAACAAUUGAAGAAGGAAAUAAUGUUCUUUUUCGUCGUAAACUGAAUGAUCGUAAAUCACGAAAAUUAUUUACUAAUAAUGAAAAAUUUAAUCGUUCAGUUGUACCGACAAAUGUACAGCAAAGAAAUUUAAAACAAAAAUUCAUUUCAUUGUUGAAAAAAUUUCGUCUACCCGAUUCCGAGGCAUAUGAUUCGGAGGAAAAAUUUCAAGAAGCAUUGGAAAAAGAAUUAAUGUCAUCGGCACAAGAACCACCGGAUAUUGAUGAAUUUUUUGAUGAUGAAGAAAUUGAUGAUCUUGAUUAUAUGACUGAUAGUGGACAAGAAUUUGAUGAUGUUAGUAUUUCUUCAACACCAAAACCAAGUUUAAGGCCAUUCUUUUCAUCCUGUACACUGGUUGGUCAAGAUAAAUCCUAUGUGUUUCCUGUCGCUGAGUCUACCACUACUAAUACAAGACGAGAUCAAGAAAGUCAAGAAACAUCAGGAACUGAUGGAACACCUGAUACUUCGGAUAAUAGCCAGAAACAGACAAAUUUUGAACCAUUAGAAACCACGUUGAUUAUACCGACAACAAUCACACAAAGUCAUAAUAAGAAAAAAUUAAAUUUUGAUAAAGAACAAAAACGUGCACGUCUUUUUCUCAAAGAUAAUAAUAAAGACAGCAAUAAACAUCAUCAUAAUCAUCAUUUAAAUAAUUCAAGAGAAAAAGAAAAGAAAUCUUUACACGCAACAAUGUCUUUGUUAUCAACAACUUAUCAUAAAGAUGAUGUCAACACAAAUACCUCGAAAGAAUUUGUUCUCGAUCAACUGAACAAAGUUUUUCCACAAUCCGAAGAACAGACAAUACCUGAAGAAAUAAUUUUCAUAAAUUUAUCCGAAUGUAUACAUUGUAUGCAACAACCACAACAACAAUCAUUAAUACAAAUGUUUGAACGAACAAAUCGAAUAAUAGGAACAAAUACAUUGAAUGAUGUAAAAGUUUCAUUCAAUUUUCUAUGUAAUCGUAUGCAAAAAUUUUGCAAUAAUAAUCAAAAAAUAUCAACACCAAUCAAAUUAAUAUUGAUCGGUUCGGAUUCAUAUGUAAAUUCAUUUUUAAGAUUUUAUGUUGAAUCAUUGGCAAAUAAAUCCACUGAAUGGCAAAAUUUUUUUCGUUUCUAUAUCAUUCCAAUGAACUAUCUGAAUCUAAAUUAUCAUUCACACUAUUAUCAACAUAAUAAUCAUUCAUUAAGUUAUUAUGGAUCAAAUAUGUUACAUAAAUAUCUUGCUAGUAUAGAUCAUACUUAUUCACAAUGUUUUUUCCCAAAACAAAUGAUUAAAGAUUUGGAUUCUAGUCGUUUUGUUGCAACAACAACAACCACCACCGAAAAUAUUAACAAUCCAUUACAAUCAUCAUCAUCAAUCGAUAAUAAUAAUAAUAAUAAUAAUCUACAUGUUAUACAUGAAUUUUAUCAAAAAAUUAUUAACUUUAUAAAUAAUGCUCAAACAUUAAUACAGAUACCAAUUGCUGAAGCAAUGGUUACAUAUAAAGAUAAAAACAUUGAUGAUGAAUCAUCUAAUCAGGUUUUUAUACCAUUUAUUUGUGAUGUUAAAAUUGGUUUAGCCGAUCAUGGUAAUCAUUCAAUGGAAGAAGAAUCAUUCAAUUUCUCUACGAUUUCCGCCAUCAAUCCAUCAUCGAGCUCUAUUGUACAACAACAGCAAUCAUCAACAUCAGGAAUGAAUGAUAAAUGUAUUACAUCACCAACUUUUAAUUCGAAAGAUCAACAACAACAACAACAUUCAUCAACACCACCAAAUUCUCCAAGCAUUACUGUUACAACAACAGCUAAUCAACAUCAUAUGUACAGUAGUCAUAGUCAUCAAUCAAAUAAAGAAUCAUCGAUGAAUGUUAUGAUGAUGAAUGAAGUAAUGGAUUUACAAGUUGAUUAUUGGACAUCAUCAUCAUCAUCACAGCAGCAUCCAAAAAUUCUUGAUUUUUCUUCAUCUUCAUCCACAACAACAGUCCCAUCAUCUUCAUCAUCAUCAUCAUCGAAUAAAAAAGGCGAUAAUUGUAAAUUUACAUUGAAAAAUUCAUUCCGUCAUGUACAAAUAACUCGUUUGCCAAAUUUUGGUGAAACUAAUUGUUCAUCAUUAACAUUUUCCUAUAUAACUAAAGAAAAGAAACAGAAAAUAAUGAGAUUGGGCAAGAAAAAAGAAAAAGAUAUGGAUAAUAAAUGUCCACGACAGACAAUCGAUGGAAUUUGUCGCCUGGUUUGUUCAUAUAAAACUUCACAAUCACCAAUCAAACUCAUAAUCGAUGGUGUUGAAUAUUCGGGUGUAAAAUUUUUUCAAUUAACACCACAAUGGCAAACACAGGUGAAAUUUUUUCCCGUAGUUAUUUAUUCAAACAAUCCACCAUCAUCUUUACUAACCAAUGUAACAAUGCCAGUACAAUUACCAAUUUUAUCAUCAUUAUCAACAACAACAACAGCAGCAGCAACUACAUCAUCAUCAUCAUCAUCAAUGAUGAUUGAUAAAGAUGUUAUAACAGUAUCAUCAACAUUACCAUCAUCAUCAUCAUCAGCAGUGAAUCAUGUGAUUAUGCAUCACCAACAACAACAACAACAACAACAGCACAAUAGUAAUAUCAACAGCAGCCAAAAUGAUAAUUAUCAUCGUAUUCCACGAUUCGAUCAUCAUUGAAGAAUUUUUUUUGAGCCAAAAAAAAAAUAUUGAUUCUUUUUUUCCAUCUCUCCACUAUAUACUGUAUU